UCAAAAUUUCCCUCGUCUCUUGAGAUUGUCAUGACCGGCGGAGCGGCAGCUCCUUUACCAUCAACGGCGCCGAGGCAUCGAAGAGCUCUAAUGGCCAACAGGUUUCAGUCACCGACGACUCCCUUCUUCUUGGGCUCCAACGACGACCAAUUCGAACGCGCUCAAUCCCGCGCUGCUCGUGCCACUUCCAUCCGUUGCAAAGUCGCCGCUACGCCGCCUCCAGCCGAUCCCGGUCUUAGCAACGACCAGAUCGUUGAGUUGUUCAGCAAUUGCAUAAAGCUUGCCUGUGAAAAUAAAAUAACUCAGAAGAACAGUUGGCAGCUGAAGCUCAUAGAUCAUCUCAACGAGGUUGUCAAAGUCGACGCAGAAAAUGAUGCUGAGACUAACUUCCAAAAGGCAAGCUGCACACUAGAGGCAGGGGUGAAAAUAUACUCGGCAAGGGUGGACGCUGUGCAUUCAGAGGCAUAUAAAGUCCUCACUAGAAUGAAGCAAACUGGUGCAGAAUAUGAACAAGAUAUAACUACUGAGGUGGAUCACAUCAAUGGCAGUAAAGGCAAGUGCCACUCACAGCCUGGGUCAGACUCGGACAAGAAGCUAUCACCGUUGGCCACUCUGGAAUCUUCUUUUGAACCUCUUAAUGUUAAGAAGUUUGACGGUAAUUUUAUAUAUAUUAUUUCUCACACUUUCCAAUUUUAUUGUAACAUUUCGUACUUUAUAUCUUUCAUCCCAGUGGCCUUUAUGGUGGAUCCUCUGUAUCAUCAGACCUCUUUAUUAUUUGAUGAGGGUGAAGUCAAGGGCCUCUUACUGAACAACCUUGGAAUAUAUGGAGGAUGCUGUGUACUGUUUGAUUCAUUCGAUGUACCGGGGAAAUACAAAUCAUAUUUAAACCAUAUUGAUACUUCAGAAAAAAUUGAUCUUUCCUUUGCUGAAGAGUCAAUUGAGCAGAUGGUGAUGAAGAUGGCAACAACUACCAAUAUAUCUCCCACUCUUGAGGAUAUUUUUAGGCAAUUAGAUGAGUACAAUCAUAGGUCAUUGUCAACAGAUAAUUUGAGUCAAGCACCAGAACAAAGAGCUGAUGCAUUUAGUGCCAAGGAUCCUAAUUUUGAUAGUGGUAUACUUGGAAACCAUUAUGCAAACCUUGAUGAUUUAGAUGAGACAGCUGCUGUAAAUGAGAGGUCUAGUUCUUUGGAUUCUAAUUUUCAAGGAUUUCUGGAGGAUAAUGACAGCUGUGCAUUUUACAGAGCAAAUAUGGAUGGUAGCCAUGAGCCAGUUCCUAUGUUUUUAUUACAGGUAUUGGGAAAUACUUCUAAACAGAACGCUUGGGCAGGUCCUGAUCACUGGAAGUAUUGGAAGUAUUGGAGGUUUAAGUCUCCAGAGGAUGAUCCUGGUUCAGAAUGUGAACCAAACCUUACCACUAAGAAAUCAAGGAACAAAAGUACUGUAGAUAUUGAUAUUGAAUUUAUGGAAUUUUUGGACAAAGAGAUGCCUGAUAUUUUUUCUCCACCACAAAAUCCCAAGUCUACAUUGCUGGCUGCAAACCGAAAACCACCUGAUAACAAACUUCAAGAAGAUUGCCAUUAUCAACCUCAGGAUAUUGUCAGGCAGUUUCUUCAUCCAAUUGUCGUGUUUUCUGGGAAGAGAAGAAAAAAACCAUCAGUUGAAAACUUUUGGCGACAGAACAGUAGUCUAGGGCCGCCUUGGGAACAUCAAAGUGUCUCUGCUGAUCAUUAUGAUGACAUACAUGUUUAUAGUGAUGGUGAAGUCAAUGACAGAUUCAUCUCCCAGCCAUGCCAGGUAAAAGAAACUGAGAUUCAAUAUGAGAAAACUACUAAACAAGUUGACGUACAUGCUUUGAAGGAAUCUCUUUGGCAUCACAUGCAAGAUUCCAGAGAAAGCACUGAGUCGGUACACGAUGGUGCUGUAUCUUUCAAGUGUCUGUUGGCCUCGGUUCCAAUCGAUUGUUCUGCUGCUGUAGAAGCAGGGGAUAUCUCUCCUCACAUGUGCUUCAUCUGCCUUCUUCAUUUGGCCAAUGAACAUGGCUUAGUCAUCAAUGACUGCCCUGAUCUGGAUGAUCUCAUCAUAGGUUUUCUGUCUUAAAUAUACAUACCAUAGUUCUUUAUCUUAGCGCCGUUUUGAAAAGUGUGCCGUUACAUACCUGCAGGUACUUGGCUUUCAGUUUAAGCUUUUUAGGUAGAUGUAAAUGAGUUGGAUGCAUAUAGUUAAGAUUUUUUGUACCGAAAGUUCUGGUCUGAGGCCAGUUAUAUGGGUUGAAUAUAUUCUACUGGAUUGUAUGUUGUUUAUAUAAUGUGGAUUAUUGCAUGUUGCAGUAAAUUUUGACUUUGUUACGUAUUUAUGUCUGAUAAAUAUGCCACUUUUGCCAUGUAAGUAUCCUUUAAGCAUACUCUUCAUUUCAUUUAUAUCUAUCAGGAUGGAAGUGCCGUAUGCUUAAUUUUCUGUAGGGUACAGAAUAUACUUUUUUUUUUUUUUUAAUUUUGUCCCUAACCUUGUCCUUCUUC